ACUAACAUCCUAGCCAUGUCGAGGCCGAUCAUCUCACUCUUCUCCUUUCUCUCCAUCCUUUCUCUCAUCGCAGUCCCAGCCCUCCCACUCUCCACCCACACGCGGUGGAUCGUCGACGAGAAUGGGAGGCGCGUGAAGCUGGCCUGCGUGAAUUGGGUGUCGCAUCUCGACACCGUCCUUGCCGAAGGCCUAAGUAAGCAGCCGGUGAACGCAAUCACCAAGCGCAUCACGUCGCUGGGGUUCAACUGCGUCAGGCUGACGUGGCCGCUUUCCUUGGCCACCAAUUCGACGCUGGCAGAAGUCACUGUUCGUCAGUCGUUUCAGAGCCUUGGGCUGCUCGGUUCCAUUUCUGGUCUCCAGUCCAACAAUCCCGGCUUCGUCGAUCUCUCCCUUAUAAAAGCUUUCCAGGCGGUGGUUUCUAGCCUUGGGAAAAACAAUGUGAUGGUUGUACUGGACAAUCACUUAAGCAAGCCUGGAUGGUGUUGCAGCAACACUGACGACAAUGGUUUCUUCGGCGACAAGUAUUUCAACCCUGACAAUUGGAUCGUUGGCCUAACUCGAAUGGCAGCGUUGUUCCAUGGUGUGCGCAAUGUGGUGGGCAUGAGCUUGAGGAAUGAGCUGCGAGGCCCCAAACAGAAUGUUAACGAUUGGUACACGUAUAUGCAAAGAGGAGCUGAGGCAGUCCACAAGGCAAACCCAAAUGUGCUUGUCAUUCUCUCUGGCCUGAAGUUUGACGCAGACUUGUCUUUCCUUGCCAAUCGACCAGUGAAGCUCACAUUUUCUGGGAAAACGGUAUAUGAGGUUCACUGGUAUGGAUUUACAGACGGGCAGGAGUGGAAGAGCGGCAACGCCAAUCAAGUGUGCGGCCAUGUGUACAAUAACAUGAAGGGAAGGUCAGGUUUUUUGCUUUACAGAGGAUUUCCGUUGUUUGUGAGCGAGUUUGGUGUGGACCAGAGGGGCACCAAUGUAAUUGACAACAGGUACUUAAACUGCUUCAUGGCUGCUGCUGUUGAACUUGAUGUGGAUUUUGCUCAGUGGAGCCUGGUUGGGAGUUAUUAUUUAAGGCAAGGGGUGACGGGUAUGGAAGAGUAUUAUGGAAUCUUGAACUCGGAUUGGAGUGGUAUCAGGAAUACAAGCCUAACUCAAAGACUAUCUGUCCUCCAAACUUCUAUCAAAGGGGCAGGUUUACAUACACCCACGUUGCAUAAAAUCAUAUUCCAUCCAGCCACAGGCCUCUGCCUCCUAAAAGUUGGAACCCGUGGCCCUUUGAAGUUAGGUCCAUGCUCUCAGACUCAAGGCUGGACCUAUUCAUCCACAAAGGUCCUAUUGCUGAAUGAAAUAGAUUUCUGCAUACAAGCUGAUCAACUGAAUAAGCCGGCAGUAUUGGGAAUACCGUGCACCACCCCGAAUUCGCAAUGGGAGACCAUUUCGGAUUCCCAGAUGCACCUUCAAUCUAAGACCACGGAUGGUACUGAAGUUUGCCUGGAUGUAGACUCCGACAAAACCAUUGUCACAAAUGCCUGCAAAUGCUUAAGCGGAGACAGUUCGUGCGACCCCGCAAGCCAGUGGUUCAAAGUCGUGGACAGCUUGAUAAAUUCGACGCCAUCGAAGGAAGGUUUGUAAGCGUAGGAAAUAAAAAAUUAGGCAACUAAUGACCGAAGCUACCAAAGGAGGGUCUUGUACUUUAUGUCUAAAGACGCAAAUAUGUGUUUGUAAAAUAAAAAUGUGUGGUCGCGGCAGAUUAAGAUGGAAAGUAAUUCAGGUUCGCUUUGCAUAUCAACGAUCUUUUUUUUUGUUAAAAGCCUAUAUGCCGAAGUGGUUGCCUAAAGGAGUAGGAAAAAAUUCGAACUGUAAUUCAUAUCUCUUAAGACGAGCAAACAAGAAUGAAAUCCUAAUUAUUAUGUUUUA